AUGGAAACCGAAGCAAUCUUCGAGUAUGUUGGAAUGGUGUUUAUCUGCCAAUUGAGAAAUGGUUCGCUUGUUGGAUUUCGAUCCGCAACCAACGCGGAUCAACUAAACCGAAUUCCACGGAUUGCCAAUAAUUAUCUUAGGCUGCUCACUGAAGCUUCGGAAACAAUAAUUGAUAAGGGAAAGGACUUAGAUUGUUGCUCGCUUCUGGUUUUUUUCAUACAAUUUGCAAAUUUUCAAACAGAGGGAAGAACCGAAAAAAGGUUCAAAACAAUUAUGAGCAAAAUUCCAAGUGAAGAUUGUGUUGAGAAAAGUCGGAUUUAUAAUUUUCGAGAUAAGAAGGAAGGAGUCAAGUAUUGUGAAAUUGAUCAUGAAGAAGGUAAAAAUAUUUUUAAUUGUUUCGAAGUUUGUAUGUUCAAUUUUUAAGGACCAUCGGAUCCAUCGAAAGUAAAAAAGCAAAUCAAAACUGAACAGAUUGUUCAAAUAAAGGAAGAAGUUGGUGAUGAUGAGCAAGAACAUCACCAAGAUGUUGAGGAAGAAGUUAACAAUAAUCGUGAAGAACAAGCUUUAGAAGCAAUCAAUGAAAUUCAGUUGGAAAAUGGAGAUUUGGAUGAUGGAGAAGAAGUGGAACAAGUUGAAGCUCGUCAAGUAGUUGAAGAAGAAGUUGAAAAUAAUAUCGAAAAUGUCAGAGUAGAUCUCGCACAUCUCAUGGUUGAAAACAAUGAAGAGAUGAAUGUGGAACCUCAAGAGUCGGACAAUCUUCGCCAUACCGAAGGAAGAUCCACUCUAUCAGGAACCAGUGAGUAUUUUAAUCAUUAGGCUGGUUUUUUGGCCGGAUAAGUACAGCCUAAAUGUAAGAACUAACAGAAUUUGUGUUCUCUAUUUCUAAAAUCAAUAAAAAAACUAUGUAUAACAUAAAACAAUUUCAGAACGCCCAAGCAGCGACGAUUCAGCAUCAUCAUCUUCUUCCGGAAAAAUAAUAAAAUUGAAUCACCAAAAUAUCUCAAUGUCAGAUACACAUUCAGAGCCAUCGAGUUCUCAAGCAAUUCCAGCAGCAUCAGUCCGUAUGUUUUUUUUUUGUUCAGUGAAAACAGCUUGAUAUUUUUGAAUGUGAAAAUUUCAGAAGUUCCAAUGAAUGUGCUGCCAUCGAAUCCAAUGAAUGUAAUGCAACAAGCACAAAACCCAAACUCUGGAAAUAACACACUUCCAAUUGCAUCAUCCCCACCUAACUUGCAAAUGCAUCUAGCUCACAUUCUGGCAAUGCAACAAUAUGCUCAACAGCAAGCUUAUCAAACUCUUUUUCUUCAAACUUGCUUACAACAACUCCAACAAGUCCAAACAAUGGGUAAUCAUAUUUUCAAUUUUGGAAUUAAGUCUACCAAAUCAGCGAAUGACUAUAAUUUUCCUGUAGCCAGAGUCUUUAAACGAUUCAGAAAACAACUAUAGCUAUUGGCAAAAGCAUAUUUCUGAAUAUUUCCAAAUGUAUUUCGGAAAAAAACACAAAAUUAAGCCCAUUUAUUCCAGACCAAGCGAUCUUCAUCUGCGAAACCUAUAGACAAUCCAUGGAACGCAUGGGAUAUCAUCAAAAUAUUUUGAGUAUAGGUAUUUGUGUUUUAAUUUUUUGUCUUCAUCGGCCAAACUAUUUAUAUAAGAAUACUCAAUAACGAGAUGACAAGGUUUUCUUGUCUAUAUAUAUAUUUUCAGGGCAAAUUCUGGCAAUCUACGCUCACCAACGAGGACUGCAGCCACCACAAAUUCCAAAUCCAGGUAUAAUUAUUUUUAAUUCAGAAUGAUUGUAAAUUCGCAUGUUCAGCACAAGUAAAUCUACAAUUGGCAGCACAAAAUGCUUUACAAAAUCUUGCCCCACAAGCUCAAAAUCAAAAUGGUAUUUUUUUCAUAUUCAAUUUUUCAAAAUGAUUUCAUAUUUUUUAGAACAAGUUCAAGAGCCUGCUAUUCAUCGAGAAAUGGAAAAUCCCAACAAUAACGUUCCACCUCAAGAUCCAAAUCAUGGUGGAAUGUUCGAUCAAGGUACUUUUAUAAUUGUUUUUAAAUAAAUUUUAAAAGUACAUUUUCAUUUGACAGGUGCCCAUUGGAAUCCUGCUAAUCAUCAUCCACGAAACCCUCCACAUCAAUAA